UAAUUGAGGGACCGUCACUUCCCCGAGUUUGCGAAACGCGCAUUUCAAGAAUUAGAAGAGACUUUAGUUGUAAAAUGGGUGGUUACAGAGCGUUUGGCGGCUAUGUGUGUUUCCUACUUGUCGCAGUACUUAAAGCGGUUUACGGAGACAUCACGGACGGCAACGCAGAGCACCUGAAACGAGAACACUCCUUGAUGAAACCCUAUCAAGGCGUGGGAAGCAGCCCGUCCAGCCAGUGGGACUUUUCGGGGAGUACAUUAGUGACCAGCUCGUAUGUCCGACUCACUCCGGAUGAGAGAAGCAAGCAAGGAUCCAUCUGGAAUACUGUGCCGUGCUAUUUAAAAGACUGGGAGAUGCACGUCCACUUUAAAAUCCAUGGGCUGGGCAAGAAGAACCUCCAUGGUGACGGAAUCGCUCUCUGGUACACAAAAGACAGACUGAAUCCAGGCUCAGUGUUUGGGAACCAGGAUAAGUUUCUGGGCCUGUCCAUCUUUCUCGACACCUUCCGCAACGACCUCCAAGGAAUGGACCGUUCCUUCCCAUACAUAUCGGCGAUGGUGAACAACGGCUCCGUGAGUUAUGACCACGGCAGAGACGGGCGCGCUUCAGAGCUGGGAGGUUGCUCGGCCGAGAUCCGCAACCGAGAUUUCGACACUUACCUCGCCAUCCGCUACUCCAAAGGGAGACUCACUGUGAUGAUGGAUAUAGACGACAAGAACGAGUGGAAGGAAUGCAUAGACAUCGGGGGCGUUCGUCUUCCCACGGGAUAUUUCUUCGGCGCCUCGGCAGCUACUGGGGAUCUGUCUGACAACCAUGACAUCAUCUCGAUGAAGCUUUAUCAGCUGAUGGUGGAGCACACGCCGGAGGAGGAGAAUCUGGACUGGACCAAGAUCGAGCCAAGUGUCAGUCUGCUCAAGUCGCCCAAAGACAAUAUUGACGAUCCAACGGGCAAUUUCCGUGGCACACCGUUGACUGGCUGGAAGGUGUUCCUUCUGCUGCUUUGUGCGCUGCUGGGCAUCGUGGUGUGCGGCGUGGUGGGUGCCGUCGUCUUCCAACAGCGGCAGGAGCGAAACAAGAGGUUCUACUGAGUACCCGCUUCAGGAAGGAGUUAGAAAAACCCAACUUGGAUGUCUGUGUUGGUGGUGGACUGUUGAAGCACAUUUUAAUGUGAAUCUUGUUUUACUUUUAAAGAUUGUACAGAUAUCGCGGAUAGGAAGCACUGCCUUUUUUUCCCCCGCUGGCUGUCUUGCUGCCACUUAAAAAUGGCGUCCUGUUAGCCAGAGCAACAGCACAACCUGCAGCGCUGGCUUUUUUUUGUUUUGUUUUGUUAGUUUUUAUAAUAUAUACACACACUCAUGUGUUUGACAGAUUAUUAGGGCUACACAAAGACAAAAAAUAGGAUUACGGGAUUACAAUCGUAACAUUACGAGAAAAUAGUCAUACAUUGUUAUAAAACGAGAAGAAAUACGUAAUAUUACGAGAUUAAAGUCGUAAUAUUACGGCUUUUUUCCUUGUAGGACCUCUCUUCAUGGCAAACGGAGUAGAGGUGGGUUUUAAAUGUCCAUGACACAUAAAAUUGCCUUUAAAUGUGUUAAAAAUUGUCCUGAUGGCAAAAAGCGCAUUGACAACAAUGUGGUGAAUGAGCAGUUUAGCUCUUUUUUUGAUGAUGAUGUUGCUCCUUUUAAAGGCCCGGAAAACAAUACAGCCUUCGAACAUGGUUUAAAAUAAGAUGAGAGCAGUAAAAAAUAAUAUUUAAUGUCCUUAUUAUGACAUCUGCCUUUACCGUUAUGAGCUGAAGUGGCUGUCUUUACCGUUCAGUUGAAGUAACUACCACUAUAUGAAUUGAGUACUGACAAUCUAGAACGAGAUUUAAAUGAGCAGAUCAUUUUUUCAAAGGUUCACAAAGUAGUCUUGGGUUUACAAAUCAUAGGUUAUAAACUUGCGCAAUUUUCACUUGAAUUAAUAAAGAUAUGAGAACUGCUAUCCUCAAAUUUCAUUUAUGUUUUGACGAAAAGUGUGCUGAAAUGAAAAGUUACUAAAUUGUACGCUGGAUUUGUUUAGUAGGUUUGAUAUGGUAAUCAAAAAUGUGAAAUGUAUGAACAUCUUUUUCAAGUGCUUUUGGAAGGUUUUUUUUUUUUUUUUUUUUUUUUUUUAAUUAAGGCAACGUUUCCCCCUAU